AAACCAUUGCAUAAAUCACGCUUUUGUUGUAAAGAAAAAAGAGAGGGGUCUAUUCACAUUCUCAUGUGAAAGUCACAUGCACAUGAAAUCACCCUCUCAGGCCACAGAGUAAAGACACGUUUCAAAGAGUGAAAAAGAAAGAGAAAGAGAGGGUGUGCUGAUAGCUCAUCGCUCCCCCCCCUUCUCUCCAUUCACUCCUUUUGAAAAAAAACGUUUGUAUAGGAGGGAAGGGACAAUGGAGGAGAUGAAGAAGCUAAACCAUCAUCGACAAACACCCAGAUUUGCCUGGCAUUGUUGCGUUGUUCUCUUCUCUGUUUUCACCGUUUCCGCAACAGCUCAUCAAGCGUUUGAUUAUGCUGAUGCUUUAACAAAGAGCCUUCUUUACUUUGAAUCCCAGCGAUCCGGUCGGUUACCGUACAACCAACGUGUCACUUGGCGUGACCAUUCUGGCCUCACCGACGGGUUGGAACAAGGAGUGGACUUGGUAGGAGGAUACUACGACGCUGGCGAUCAUGUCAAAUUUGGACUCCCAAUGGCUUUCACCGUUACAAUGCUGUCUUGGGGUAUCAUCGAAUUCCGUGAUCAGAUCGCUAAUGCCGGAGAAUUGGACCACUCUUUAGAGGCUAUUAAGUGGGGGACAGAUUACUUCAUUAAGGCACACACCAGCCCAAAUGUAUUAUGGGCAGAGGUGGGUGAUGGGGACACUGACCAUUACUGUUGGCAACGCCCGGAGGACAUGACCACCUCACGCCAAGCCUACAAGGUUGAUCAGAAAAAUCCAGGGUCGGAUCUCGCCGGAGAGACGGCGGCGGCAAUGGCGGCAGCGUCAAUUGUGUUCAAGAAAACAAACCCACAUUACUCUCACUUACUCUUGCACCAUGCUCAACAGUUGUUUGAGUUCGGGGAUAAGUAUCGAGGGAAGUAUGAUGGGAGUGUAGGGGUGGUGAAGAGCUACUAUGCGUCGGUGAGUGGAUACAUGGAUGAGUUGUUGUGGGCAGCUUUGUGGUUGUACGAGGCCACCGACAAUGAGGAGUUCUUGAAGUAUGUUAUAAACAAGGCUCACUGUUUUGGUGGAAUUGGUUGGGCCAUAACAGAGUUCAGUUGGGAUGUUAAGUACGCUGGAAUUCAAAUUAUGGCAUCAAAGUUACUGGAGAAAGAAAAACAUAAGCACCACGCUCAUGUUCUCAAGCAAUACCGAUCGAAAGCUGAGUACUACCUAUGCUCAUGUCUUAACAAAAACAAUGCCAACGACAACAUCGACCGUACCCCAGGGGGUCUUCUAUACAUCCGGCAAUGGAACAAUAUGCAAUAUGUGUCCACGGCGGCAUUCCUUCUGACCGUGUACUCCGACUUCCUUCGGGACUCCAACAAAAGGCUCGAUUGUCCAGCGGGAACGGUGGAGCAUGGAGAGAUCCUCCAUUUUGCCAAAUCUCAAGUGGAUUACAUAUUAGGUUCUAAUCCGAUGAACACGAGUUAUUUAGUGGGUUACGGUCCAAAGUACCCCACCAGGGUACACCAUCGAGGGGCCUCGAUAGUGUCAUAUAGAGAGAAUAAGGGUUUCAUUGGGUGCACCCAGGGUUAUGACAAUUGGUAUAGCCGGGAAGAGCCUAACCCUAAUGUCUUGGUAGGAGCGCUGGUCGGGGGACCUGAUUGUCAAGAUAAUUUCAUGGACCAAAGAGAUAACUAUAUGCAGACCGAGGCCUGCACAUAUAAUACAGCACCAUUAGUUGGCGUUUUCGCAAAAUUGUUACACUUGGAGGACAGCCAUGAACCACAAUUGGUUGCCUCUUCUUAGAAACUAUAUAUCGAGUUUGAGGGAAAAAAAAAAACACAGUGUUGAUGAGUACUUUAAAUUACUUUUUUGUGUGGCUGAACUAAGGUGUUCAAGCCCCAUUUUAAUAUUGUACCUUCAUUUUUUGUUGAGUGUUCAUAAUAGUAAAAGUAUAAAGUUCAACA